CCCUUACAUGGCCCUUGUCUUUCCUCAGUCUGCCUCCACAAUGUCGUCUUCCAAAUUCGGCCACAGUCUCAGCUACAACAUCAAGUCACUUAUUUCAAAACCGCAGCCACUCUCCCCUCAGUAUCUCUCACCCGACGUUCCCAAAGUCCGCGUACGAUGCAUGCACCCCGACUGCGACGCCGUGCUAGACUCUCUCAAUGCCACCAUUGGCCACUUUGACAGAAACCACUGCGUCCCCAUGCCGCCUUUUGUUCGGUGCCCUUACUUUGGAUGCGGUGUAGUCACGCGGAUGCCUGGCCAUCUGAGAGCGCACUUUAAGGAGACGAAGCAUCUCCCCGAGACGACGUUCUGAUGUAAUCGAUGUGGGAGGGUUUUUGAAAGACGCGAUCAGCUGAACAAGCAUGCGCAGGCAAUGAAAGGGAAAUGCCAAGAUGACAAGGACUCGUUCAAGGAGGAAGAGGAGUUUUAGGACUGUAAUUAUUGCUCGUCUCGUCAAAUUGACGCUGUCCAAUGGCUGGUCUCUUAGUAAGGAGGGACUUUGUU